AUCAGAUCAAAAAUGCUGGUCGAAGAAGAACCACCACCAGAGAAUGAAGAAAAUAUGGAUAUCGAAAUUUCAAAGUCCACAAAUAAUCAAUUCAAAAUCGAAUCAUUUCUUUGUCAACGAGAGAUUGGAAGUGUUAAAAGUGUUGUAAAAACAUUUAGACCAGAUUUCCAACAUCGUCCAUUUUGUCAAAAAGAUGUUCGUGAACAUACAGGAUGCAUCAAUGCUCUUCAAUUCUCACACAAUGAUCGAUUUUUAGCCAGUGGUGGAGAUGACAUGCAUGGACGAGUCUGGAAUGUCGAUGAACUUAUGGUUAGAAAAACGCCAAAACCGAUAGGUGUAAUGGAACAUCCACAUAGAUCAAACAUUUUCUCUCUGGAAUUCGAUUUGGAGAAUAGAUUUUUGUAUUCCGGUGAACGUUGGGGAACUGUCAUCAAGCAUGAUAUCGAAACAAAGCAAUCGAUUUAUGUUGCAAAUGAAAAUAAUAAUAGAGGAGACGUAUAUCAUAUGGAUCAACAUCCAACUGAUAAUACCCUUAUUGUGGUUACACGUGCCAAAUUGGUUUCUUUCAUCGAUAAUAGAGAUCGUCAGAAUCCAAUUUCGUUGGUUUUACCUGCUAAUUCUGGAAAGAAUUUCUACACAGCUGAGUUCCAUCCAGAAACUCCAGCUCUCAUUCUUGUCAAUUCGGAGACUGGUGGACCGAAUGUUUUUGAUCGUAGAAUGCAAGCCAGGCCGGUCUACCAGAGAUCUAUGUUUAAAGGAUUGCCACAAGAAAAUACGGAAUGGAUGGGAAGUCUGUGGAGUCCAUCUGGAAAUCAAUUCAUGUCGAUUCGAAGAGGCAAAUGCCCAUUGUACUUUGAUUUUAUCAGUCAACGAUGCUUUGUGCUGAAAUCCGAUCAUAAUCCCAAUGGAUACUGUAAUAUAAAAACAAUUAAAUCUAUGACAUUCAUCGAUGAUUACACAGUUGCUACGGGUAGUGAUCACUGGGGAAUUCAUAUCUGGAAAUUACCACGAGCUAAUGAUUCUUACGGAUUUACUCAAAUUGGUCAUGAUGAAGAAGAAAUGCCAUCAGAAAUAUUCAUUGAGAAAGAACUUACAGUACUACGAGGUCAUCGUUCAGUUCCAAAUCAGGUUCGAUUCUCACAACACAACAAUUUGCUGGUAUCUUCUGGUGUCGAAAACUCAUUCAAACUUUGGUCUGAUCAUCGACUUCCAUGGUCUUAUGAUCUUCCAUUUGAACGUAGACCACAUGGAACUUAUGAUUUGAGUGCGGAAGAAGAGUGCUUACGAGAAAUGGAGGAACGAAGGGUGGUGGAAGAUGCACUGGAUCUUAAUGGAGAAAUGGAUGGAAGAGCCUGUUGGAGAGACAUUUUCGGUGGUGAUGCACGUACUGCUGAAGAUAGAGACACGCUGGAAAUGUUUGAUCCACGUGGUCACGGUGACGACGAGGAAGAUGUUGAAGAAAGUAGUUCCGAAGAUUCUGAUGAUAUGAUGGACAAUGAGGCAGACGAUAAUCAUUAUUUCAGAAGACGAAGAGGACCAUUACAAUUGUUUGUUCGCGCUGGAGAAGAACACUUGGCUCGAAUGUUGGAAGAACAUGAUGGAGUUGAGAAUGACUUGUUGGAAGAGUUGUUCAACAUGAGAAGAAGGUUUCGCGAGGAAAGUUCUGAUGAGGAUGAUUCCGGAGAUGACGGAGAAAAUGGAGAUGAAAACGAUAAUGAAAAUGAUAACAUUGAAUCUUCAUCAAGUAACUCCGACUCGAGUGAUGCCAGCGAAGUUGGGGACUUGAUGGACUUUGAUGGAGAUGAUGAGGAAGAAGAUGAAGGUGACGAUGAAGCUGCAAUUGAAGAACAAGACAGUGAUAGUGAAGCCUGAUGAUAUUGACUUUUUUCCUAAAUUCCACCCCCAUAUCUGUAUAACUUUGUAUAAUUUUCCAAUAUAUUUUUUGUAAAAUUUUGUUUUCCUCAUCUCAGAAAUCCCACUCGAUUCUCAUUUUCCCGUUGGACAUUCGUGUAUUGAAAUUUGACACAUCAAACGAUAAUAUCAAUGCAAAUAAACUGAAAUUUUUUUCCU